CACCAUUUUGGUACACGCAGCACGCGACGCACAGUCGUGAAGCUGCUCGUCCUCGCCGAUUCUAACGAAGGAGACUCACCGAGAGAGAUUCACCGAAUUUCGUCGGAAUGCGCGCGGGGCGGCCGGUCCGCUGCGUGGAUUCCGUGACGAAACGACGGCGACGCCGGUCUGGGGGUUGCUAGCCUCCCUCAACUCCGCCUCUCAUUCCUGUCACUCUAUUCAUCUCACUCGCUCUCUCCCUCUCUCUACCACGCAGCAAAGGGUGGGUGGUGAUACGCCGGUGGCAGUGGCGGCAGUAGUGUGUGGAUGCUUGUACUGGUGAGUGCUCUCUAGUGUGGCAGUAGUGGUUCCUGGUGUUGGUAAUGGUGAUAGUGGUUGUGUGCUGGUGAUGGUGGUGGUAGUGGUUUAAAUUUCAGCCGCGUGCAUGGGUUCACCUACGUGAGCCAUUACACGGGUCCUCGGUUUUCUCGCCGACUGGAGGCUAUACGAGCGCUCAUGGUCCAUGGACGCAAUUCUGGCCAGUUUCAUCUACGUAUUCCUUUCCUCUCUUCGUCUUCACGUCCUCGUAAACUCGGUGCGCUGACGCUCGAUGUGCUUACUCGACGUCGUUUGCUCACCUCAUCUUGACCGAAAUCCGCGAGCGUUUGAUCUCUACGCGUCGAUUAGCGCGAUAUAUCAGCCGACCGUUAAUCGACCGAAUCGGCAGCGCUGUGGCGCAAGAACGACCGAAGGGAAUACGUGCAACGAGAUGCCAGCUUCCGCACCGUUCGCACUGCAUCCUGAGAGAUACGUCACCCCGCGAGGACGACGACUACGUACAUGGGAGCACUCGCCGGUUUUACACUUUCCCACUAAAUCAGCCGUUAACGUCCCCACGGAUGCACCGCGCUCACCGAUCUACGAUCGAUAAGCGUCCGCGAAAAGCGACUCAAUUCAACCGUCGCCGUUGUGAUUCGUCCACCGAACGUCUCGCGGAAGAGCGAGAGAGAAAGAUUCCGCGAUGUGCGUGACGGGGAAGACAUACGAGCAAGAAAUGGAUGGGAAAAGUACGUUCGAAUCUUAGCCCGCUCUGCCCCGUAAAUAGCGUUUUGUAACCCCCGUCACGUGAAAUCGAUAUCCCUUAAGAGCUGGUCCGUGAGGUCGUUCGUCAGACCGGUGCUGCCUGUUUCACCCCCGUGGAAGUGGAAGAGAGAGUGCGCGCUAGUCUGCAGAGAGUCUGCGGGAGGAGGUGGACAAGCACAGGGUUUGCUGAAUAAAAGAAGAUGCACGGGAAAAGGCCAACGUUCCUCGCUGACAUGGAACUGCUAAUGUUCUUAGCAGUAACAGCCUCCUUGUUGGGUUACUGCCAAACGGACGAAAAAGUGUCGUUUUACGGGGCGAGCUACAUCCAUCUUCCGGUUCAAGAGGCCAAAGGUGCUACUGACAUCAGUUUCCGGUUUCGAACUCAUCUUGCAGAUGCUAUGCUGCUAUUGGCUGCCGGAAAGACGGAUUACUGCCUGAUCAAGCUCGAAGCCGGCAGAUUGAAGGUUCACAUUAAUCUGGGUGCGGGUGAAAACGAGAUGGCGAGUGCUCGCGGAUUGACACUGAACGACCUCAACUGGCACGAGGUCAAUUUGACGAGACGCGAAGCCAACAUCAGCCUGCAGAUCGACGUGAUACACACAACGAGGUCUCAACUGCCGGGUCGCUUCUUUGAGCUGAACAUACACUAUGGCAUUUUCAUCGGUGGACAAGGCGACUUCAACGAAUUAUUUCUAGGGCACACGGAUUAUCUGAGAGGAUGCAUGGCCGACAUAAUCUACAACGGCGCCAAAGUUAUAGAGUACGCCAGGUCGAGGAAGGGCCAGUCGGAGGCAACAGCCGUAACGUGGGGCUGCUCGCCGGAAUUCGACGCCACGAGGCGCACGGAAGUCAGCUUCGUCGAGGACGGCGCCUUUGCUGCCAUUCCGCGUCCCAUCCCGCGCUCUGGUUCGAGAUGGGAGUUCGAACUGAAGACCGGCGCUGACGGCGGCCUGUUGCUCUACAACACCGGACAAUCGUCCUACGCUGAUUACCUCGGCAUCGAGUUGUUCGAGGGCAAGAUACGAUUGUUAAUGAACAAGGGAAACGGUCCGACAGAGCUGAUACACGACACUGUGGUGACGGACGGCAAAUGGCACAACGUAAUCGUGGACUUCAAUCCGAGCGGUCUCGGUAUCGCGGUCGAUCGUCACGAGAAGACAAUGGCACUGCCGUCCGGCGGAAAUCGCUUCCUCGACUUAGCUGACACGCUCUACAUCGGUGGCACGGAGUUGAACAAGCGCGCUCGUGCUCUGGGCAAGGGUCUUAGAUCCGGCGACGUGAGUUACAAGGGCUGCAUACGAAACAUGGUCCUUGACAACAAGGAACUCGGUUUGCCAGACGUCAAGGUCAGUCAAGGUAUCGUCGCGGGUUGCGUCUGGGGAUAUCCGUGCGUGGAGGCUGAUCCCUGCGUACCCGGUGCGUCGUGCGUGCAAUUGGGUGUCAACUCAUUUAGGUGCAACUGCGACCAGUCACUGUGCAUCAAACCGAAUUACGCCGAGGACUACAAGAUCUACUCAAAUGCUAGUCUGCCCGUCAACUUGGAAAUUCUCUCGCUGAGUCCUCUACUAGUUUCCGAGGGGGAACACGUGCUGAUAACGAGUGAAAAUAUCGCAAUGGUGCUGGACAUCGCCAAAUACGGUGUGGAGGAGAUCGGUGUCGCAUUCACUCUGAUGACACCGCCUACUUACGGAACACUGGCGCUAGAUCUCCUAACAACUCGAAGCGAUCACUCUUUCACAUUGCAGGACAUCAAUCAAGAUAAGAUACAGUAUAUGCAUGAUGGUAGCGAAACCACAGAGGACAGCAUGAUUCUGGAAUUGACAUUGGUGGCUGGGACGGGCUAUACACUCCCAGGAUAUCUCCAAGGACGCCUCAGAUUUCCUCUUCACGUUAAUGUUACUCCUGUCAAUGACCCGCCGUUACUCGAGAUACCGACCGCGAAAGUACUGCGUCUGGCCCAAGGUACGAGAAAAAUACUGACCAAAGAAUUAAUAUGGGCUAUAGACGCCGAUACUCCGUCAGAAAUGUUGAUCUACACAGUUUUGCGAGCUGAUACCGAUGCUGGGCACAUCGAGAGAGUUACUUAUCCGUUUCGACCUAUCGAUACGUUCACGCAAGCCGAAUUAAUGCAAGGUCUCAUCGCGUACGUGCAUCGUGGAAACGCCAAACCAAAUGCAAUGUUAGGUUUGCAAGUGAGCGAUGGCAUCGAAAGCAGUCAACCCGCCUACCUGCGCGUAUCGGCUUACCCGUUGCAAAUCAAACUGACGCACAAUACCGGCCUCGUUGUGGUGCACCGUUCGUUCUCCUACUUGACAUCCGCGAAUCUCUCGUUCGCCACCAACUCCGACGACAACACUAUCGAUAUCCGUUACGAUGUCGUCUCGGCACCACAAUACGGUGUUCUGCAGAAAUUGAAGGACGUCUCUAGCAGUUGGACGAAUGUCGACCACUUUACGAGCCGGGACGUAGAAUUGCAUACCGUUCGUUACUUUCAUAAUGUCGGCAGUCCUAAUCAGGACGAGUUUAAGUUCCAAGCUAGCGUGCGCGAAGUGAAGACGCAGCAGAUUUACGAUUUUCGCAUCACCUUCAUCGAUCUCGAGCUAAAGGAAACCAGAAGAGUAUCUGUUAAUCUCACCAACACGUCGAACGUUACCAUCACAAGCAACCAUUUGAAAUAUCAAACAAAUCCACUAGUUACAUCACCGAGUAAGAUCGUCUUUACUCUUACAACGGGACCAAGGUACGGCAAUUUAUUUCUAUCUGAUCGUAAACUUGUGACGGCCGAUAUUUUCACACAGGAAGACAUCGAGAUCGGCAGACUGAGCUACCGUUUGUUCAGGCGAGCCUAUUCCAAUAUCCUUGAUGAAAUAACGUUCAAAGUCAAUGCACCUCAAUGUAUCGAUAUACACGCCAGCUUGAAGCUCCGAUAUUACUUCGGUAAGAAUAGCAAAUUGCUGGAAAGUGUGGAAAACUUAAAAGUUGACGAGGGCUCGAAAGUGCCUCUAAGAAUCACGCAUAUAAAUUUAAAAGAAUACGGUAUCUCGUCUCUGAUAUACAAUCUUACAAUAAAACCGAGUCACGGAUGGCUCUCCAUCGCGAAUAGUUCAAAAUUACAAGAGCAAAAAAACGUUUCGUCUUUUAUGUUCGAGGACGUGUUGACGCAAGCGGUAUAUUACGUGCACGAUGAUUCCGAGACGAAGGAAGACUCGUUCGAAUUUGUAGCGGUCUCCCUGGAUUCCGUAGAUUUUAUGUACGUCGGAAAAUUUCGAAUCGAAAUCAUUAUGAAAAACGAUAAUCCGCCGGAACGAACGAUCAACAAAAUCUUUCACGUCGUGUUGAAAGGUGAGAAACUUAUAACAAACAAAGACCUUCUUUAUACAGACAAGGAUAUUGAUACUAGAGCGAGCGAGCUUAUGUAUAAUACGAGGGAUACUCGAAAAAGCGGAAUAUUCAAGGUGACUAAUCCGUCGGUACAGAUACGCGAAUUCUCGCAGCAAGAGAUCAACGACGGCGUAAUACUUUUCCGACAUCAAGGGGACGAACGCGAAAAAAUCGAAUUCGGCAUCACUGACGGUCACUUUUACAGAACCGGCGCACUUGAAAUUCAAGCCAGUCCACCUUACAUCAAGUUGCGCGAGAGCAACGGCUCGGUCGUUCAAUUUAACAAGUCCGCAGUGCUUCUAUCGAAAGAACUAGAGAUAGAAACAAACGUGUAUACUACGGAGAAAGAUGUCAAGUACAUGGUGUGGGAAAAACCGAAGCAUGGCAGACUGUUAAAGCACGAUAGAGAAUCAAGCAGCUUUACGGAGGACGAUCUAAAACACGGUAGUGUGUCGUAUAAACAUCUGGGCGGAUCCUUGACAAAAGACGUCUUUAAAUACAAAGUGUACGUUAAAGGCGCGGAGGCCGAAGGUAUGUUCCCUAUCACAAUCUACCCGGAGAGCUACUGGGAGUCGUUGAUUGUCCAAAACAACAAGACAAUAUUUGUCGAGGAAGCUACGAGCGUUCUGCUGAAUCGAAAGAGCCUCGAGAUAAUGCAUCCUAAAAUAUCGCCGACCGAAAUCGUCUACUUUGUGCGAGAUUGGCCGCAGAACGGCUACCUAGAUUUGCAGAUUCAUGACGAGCACAAUGAGGAAGCCAAGGAGGAAUACAGCGGAAACGCGGUGAAACAUUUCGAGCAGAGUUUAAUAAACGACGGUCGCGUCUUCUACGUUCAAUCAGUAAUGAAUCAGACGAACGAUCGUUUCGUCGUAGACGUUACCAAUGGUAUCACGUGGUUGCGCGGUCUCAGUGUCAAUUUCGUGAUAGUGCCGGAGAAGCUCUAUAUUGAGGCGAAAAACUUUGUCGUGGUGGAGGGAAAGAGUGCGAUACUGGAUGAAUCGAACUUCUCAAUCGUGACGCCGUACUACGCCGGCAAAGUGACAGAUUACAGGAUAAUGGAAAAGCCGAGGCACGGCAUGAUUCUUGAUUCCACGAAAAACACGCAGGUGAAGAAAUUCUCGCAGAAGCACCUGAACGCCGAAGUCAUACUAUACAAGCACAACGGAGAUGAAUUUCCGAGGGAUUCCUUCAGAAUGGUUGUCAUCGCUGGCGAUAAGACCAGCGAGCCUUUCGACGUAUCGAUCACCGUUCAACCCGUUAAUGACGAGAUUCCUGUGCUGACGAAUAGGACUAAAUUAAACGUUUGGCAAGGUGGAUCCGUGAUUUUGACGCCGACGAAUUUGGCGGCAGUGGACAAUGACACUGCCCCGCACGAUAUAAUAUUCAAUGUUACUGGAGUGAGAAACGGAUACAUUUCAUUAAUUACUUCGCCUGAAGCGGACGUAUAUAAUUUUACGCAGAGUCAAAUCAAUGAUUCACAAGUGAUAUUUACACAUACGAACGGAUCUGAUGGCGAAUUUAACUUUGUAUUGAGCGACGGUGUACACACGACGGAAUCUUACACGAUCUUGGUCACUACAAAACCAGUUCAUUUAAACAUCGAGCACAAUAUGCCCCUUAAUGUCUUCCCUCUUACUAAGAAAUUUAUAUCAGACAAGCUCUUAUUAACGACGUGUUCGGAUGAAGCGAGGGAGAUUAGAUAUACUGUACGAAACGGGCCGCAUUUAGGCAAAGUUAUAAUGGAGACAAGUGAAGGAGUAUGGCUCGAGGUCGAGCGAUUUACUCAGAGAGAUAUAAACAAUAGUAAAGUGAUUUACGAGCACACCAAGCAGUUUAUGGACCUGACGGCCAAUGACUCUUUCACAUUCGACGUUGAAACACACUUUGGUGGAACUUUAAUGAAUCAGAUUUUCCAAAUAGAUAUAUCAGUUUCGAGCGGCGGUCUGCACGGGUAUAUUUCUCCGAGAAAAGUGAGAGUCGUGGAGGGUGGCUCCGCUCAGGUUGUCAUGAAUAUCAGCGGCAUCGUAUCGUUUCUACAAACCAACGCUGGAAUCGGGAACCCAGCCGUAUUAUCGAGAUUAGUUCAUCAGCCUAGUCAUGGACACGUGAUGCUUCUGCCGGAUUUAAACGUGACUACCUUUACACAACCGCAAAUCGAGGGCGGAAAAAUCGCUUACUAUCACGACCAUUCGGAUACCCUGGAAGAUAACAUUGAGUUCUCGCUAUACUUGACACCCGGCCACGUGUUACUUUGCAACACCAGUAUCCCCGUCGUCGUCGAACAAGUCAACGACGAGCCUUUCAAGCUCAUCACCAACGCUCCGUACAUCACGGUCGUUCAGAACCAAAAUCAAACCAUCACUCGCGAAAACCUUCUGACCACCGAUCCCGACACUCCACCAGAAGAGAUCACGUACGACGUAAUUUCGGGACCGACGUACGGCAGAUUACUGCUCUUGCCUUUCAACCAAAAUACGUCGGAAGUGCGUCAAGUAAAUAAAUUUACUCAGGACGAUGUGGACUCCAAUCGAGUAGUGUACGAGCAUAACGGACCGCUGCAAGCGGCUUCGUUUUACUUCAGAGUCUGGGACGGUCAAUUUAAUCCAGCCUACACCGUCUUUAAUGUCCACGUUUUACCUAUACGACUUAACGUGACUGUAUCCGGCCCGGUGAAUUUACAGCAAGGCUCGAACGUAGCGCUCAUCUCCGAGAACGACGUUAAGCUGGACACGAACGCGCGUCAGGAUUUAGUGAUCUACGAAAUUACGACGCAUCCGAAGCAUGGAGUAUUAUACGUGCGAGAUGCCGCCGCGGCGACCUUCAAACAAACCGAUCUACUGUCAAAGAGCGUGAUGUUCAUGCAGACGGAUAUGACGGUGUCGAACGAUAGCCUAGAACUGUUGGCGCGAUUGAGUGGCUUCGAGCAGAGACAUAUACGCGUCGAUAUCAAAGUAAUUCCUCUCAUGAUUAUGCAUUCGAUGACAGCAUUAGCGAACGAGAAGACUCGGAUAACCCUGCAAUAUUUAGACGCGACUCCCCUCGCGCAGUUAACGACCAGCAAUCCUCUUUACACUAUCCUGAGGAAACCAAAGUACGCAAAAAUCAAGAGAAUCAUCAGAAGUUCCUCGUCGUCCGGUGAGAAGAGAGGCACGCGCGAACGAGAUAUCGGGCAUUUCUCGCACCAGGAAGUUAUCUCCGGGGUGAUAUAUUUAGUGUGCAGAAAGAUACCGUCGAUCGACGGCGUCACCGAUAGCUUCACCUUUAGACUCGCAGCUUCGAUUUUCCAACCGGCUGUGAGUGAUUUCGAAUUUCGCGUCAAGCUCGACAUAGACGACGAUAACAUCACCCUGGGCGGUCCGAUGGAUCCGGUCGGUCACGAGGGCGAGAUGGCGAUUGCACCGAACAUGAGCAACGAUUAUCUGCUAAUCCUCGGCAUGCUGCUAGGUGUAUUCCUCCUCGGUGUAGUCGUCAUUAUCACGAUCAGAUGCCGGCAUAAUAGGUAUAAACACGCUGAAGAGGAAAAACCCGAAACUCCCGCUGUCGGCGUGAUGCCACUUCCCAGACCUCCGGAUCAUUUGAUGCCCGCCACCCCGCAUUUGAAACCUUUCGGUAACGAUCACAACAGCGUGACAGCCAGCACGCCUUUGCCGGUGUUGCCCUCAACGUUGCCUCAGUGCAAGGUGAUACCCUUGAGUCCUCUGGAAAGCGGUUCGGAGGUCGACGUAUCCGCGAGAUAUCCCUACGGCGUGGCGGACGGCGACGAGUGGAGUAGCUUCGACACUUCCGAUCUACCUUGCCAGUCAGCUACAACUCAACGGACGAAGAAGAAUCCGUUGCUGAGGAGGGAUCAAUACUGGGUCUAGCAGGAGAGAAACACGUUGCGGCUUACGCGAAGAAAGCCGUAGCGUCUCUCGACAUCUUUCAUACGAGAAUUGAAACUAUCGUGGAUAUCACGGACUUAAUGUGCCUGAGAAAAGUGAAAUCUGCGACGGAAUUUAUAAAAAUCGUUCGUUCAAGCCCGACGGUUAUCGUACCGGAUGGAUAUGCAAUGAAUAGUGAAAUGACGUUCGAUAUUAUGACGAGAACAUCUUUACCUGAAUGUUUUUCGUGGAAACAAGAAUCAUGUCGUGCCUCGGCUUUUCUAUUAUUUUAUAGACGGUAAUUAUCCGCGUUAUCGGUGCGUCCGAUUAUAAUUAAAAAAAAAAAAAAAA